CUCCACAAAUAUAAAUGCAGCCAAGCACGAUGGAAGUAGACGAUGACUUUGCGACCAAAUCUGCAGCCUUUUUAAGCUGGCUACAGGCGUCGGGUGCAACUUUAAGUGAGAAAAUUGAGCUCGCCGAUCUGAGGCACCAGAAUUCUGGCCGCGGUGUAGUUGCCAAAACCGAUAUAGAAUCCGAUGAAGAGCUUUUCUCUAUCCCCCGCGUUUUGCUUCUAAAUACUAAGAAUUCCGAUCUUGCAACACAGCACCCGGACAUCCUGAAGACUGUGGAAGGUCAGCCCUGGCUGGAACUGAUCUUUACACUAUUAUACGAGAAUGGAAAAAGCGAUUCGAAAUGGAGACCGUACUUGAAUAUUCUGCCUGCACAAGAUCAGUUCGACACGCUCAUGUACUGGGAUGAGUCCGAGCUGAAGGAGCUGGAAGCUAGUGCUGUAGUAUACAAAAUUGGAAAAGACUCCGCGGACAAAACGUUUAGGGAAUACAUCUGGCCAAAAGUGCAGGCUCAGCCGUCCUUGUUUGGCUUUUAUGAUAAUGUCCACGAGGAGGAGGUAUUGCAAGCUGCCCACCGAAUGGGUACUCUGAUCAUGGCCUACGCUUUCGACAUUGAGUCUGAACGUGAGCGAGAGAUUGACGAGGAAGGCUAUGUCUCCGAGGAAGAGGAAGAAGACAUGCCUAAGGCAAUGGUUCCAUUAGCGGACAUGCUGAAUGCAGAUGCUGAUAGGAACAAUGCUCGUUUAUUUUAUGAAUCGGAUGCCCUUGUUAUGAAAGCAAUCAAGCCAAUCGCGUCCGGAGAAGAAAUAUUCAAUGACUACGGUCCUCUACCACGAUCGGAUCUGCUCAGGCGUUAUGGGUACAUUACGGAUAACUACGCGCAAUACGACGUAACUGAGAUACCUUCUAUCAUGAUUGUGGAUGUAUCAAAGGAUCAGCUGAAGCUAGACGACGCUGAGGUGGAACAGAGGACAUCACUCCUAGAGCUUUUCGACGAGGCCACGGAGGAAGGCUAUGACAUAAUGAGGCCGGGUAUCGAAGAUGACACUCUCGGCAUCUUCCCACCUUCUCUGAAGCUCUUAAUUGCUUUACUAGUUCUUCCAAGGUCAUCUCUACCUCCAACUGUGAAGCCAUCGAAGAUCGAAAAGUUGGUUGCGCGCAAUGAAUUUCCCCGGUCGUGGUACCAAGUCCUUCUCCAUGUCCUCGAAGCCCGUCUCAACCAGUUCCCCUCUAGCCUCGAGGAAGACCGUCAGCACUUGGACGUUUACAAGCAGAGGCUGCAGGGCGGAAAGUGGCUGACCAAUCAGAAAGAGACCAGAAGGCGUUUUAUGGCGCUUAAUGUUAGAGUAGGAGAGCAGGAAAUAUUGCAGCACGCGAUCUCAGUGAUAAAGCAAAGAUUGAAGCAGGAGGAAGCAGGAGAGAAGCGAAAGGCUGACGGCCCGACAAGCGGAUCAUCGACGCCUAAGAAAACCAGAAGAUGAUUUUGGGUGCCUCGACGUAUUUUUCCUUCUCAGGUUGUCAAGCUAAACACAAGUAUAUGAGCUUGAAACCUAGGCAGCUCGAGGUCGCGGCUCAAUCUGCUCGAAGUCGGCUAUACGCGCAAGCCACAUGUUCACGCGCUCCCACAAUUUGAUCUAAGCAACUCAAAAAAAAAUUGUUUUGAGUUUCUAUCAACCCAGACGUUAGAUCCUUCACUAGUUUCUGUUCGCCUCAGUCAUGUGCAUUUCUAGUAGAAGCUUUCAAGCUAUUCAUAAUACUGAAUGGGCGUAGAAGUGAGUAGAUUUUUAACUGUCAGAAAGAGAUGAUUGCUCAGGCAAGUGUACUGAAUGUCGAACAUCGUUAGUGGGCUAGUAGUUCAGAGGUUGGGGAAUGCUUGACAAAACUCUGUACAUGAUUCGCAUAUAUUUGAUAUGUACAAUUCGAAUUUAAC